AAUGAACGAAACCUAACUACAUACAUAUUAAAUUAUGUUUAGAUUCCCAUCCAGCUGAAUAAUCCCUUUUUGUCAUGAACUUCGCUUUGAGAAUUUCUAUAGUGUUUUUUGCAUGGGGUGGGGGUGGGGUUCUUGGUGGUGGUGGCAUUCUUUAUCCUCGCGAGUCUGAGAGUCGUGAGGUGGUUUCUUUAGAUGGGAUUUGGGAAUUUCGAGCUGAUUAUAACCAUGCUGGAUUCAAAAAGCGAUGGUUUAUGGGUCCGUUGUCACAGAGUGGACAUACGGAAAUGAUGCCGGUGCCCUCAAGUUGGAAUGACAUCACACAAAGCAAGAAACUGCGUGACCACGUUGGCUGGGUUUGGUACUCAACAACAUUCUUUGUUCCCAAGCGAUGGAAGGAUAAAACUCGAACGUGGCUGAGAUUCGGAUCCGCAAAUCGGUGGGCGGACGUAUGGAUAAAUGGACACCAUUUAAUGAAUCACUCUGGGGGAUAUCUCCCUUUUGAAGGGGAUGCUGGUCAGUACCUCAAGUUUGGGGAUAAUAACGUGGUUGUGGUCGCUCUCAACAACACGCUCACCCAAGCCACCAUUCCACAGGGGACACUUUCUUACCCUAACGACACUUCCAGAUACCCCUCCGGGUAUACCGUCCAGUCCUACAACUUUGACUAUUUCAACUAUGCUGGCCUCCACCGACCUGUGCUACUCCAUACAACGCCAAAAAUAUAUCUGAGUGACCUUUCCAUAAUCACAGACUUUGAUGGUCACGAAGGUCGUGUGUAUUACACUGCAUCAGUGUCGUUUCCCACAGAAUGGGAAAACUAUGUCAACUUUGCUGAACAUUCUCAGCAGACCAACUGCCAUGUCGCAGUGUUAGACGCUUCCGGUGUUACGGUUGCAUCCAGACACGGAUGUUCAGGACUGCUGACCAUUCCCAACGUGAAGCUGUGGUGGCCGCACCUGUCACAACCCAAGGGGGAGGGUUCGGGAUAUCUUUACACUUUCCAGACAACCAUUUUGAGCAACACAACCUUGGAAUUUGAUGUAUAUCGUUUAAAAUUUGGGGUAAGGACCGCAAAAGUUGAUGGCAGCCAAUUUCUCGUGAACGGGAAACCCUUUUACUUUCGGGGGUUUGGGAGGCAUGAGGAUUAUAGCAUUCGUGGCCGUGGAGUGGAUCCAGUAAUGUUGGUGAAAGAUCACAACUUGCUUUUGUGGACUGGGGCCAAUUCAUAUCGGACGUCUCACUACCCUUACGCAGAGGAGAUCCUUGAUCUAACUGAUGCUUUGGGCAUUGUGAUCAUUGACGAGUCCCCAGCUAUUGGCUUGACUGGGUUUGGACCUGACUUGAAACGCGAACAUAUCUCAGUAAUGGCAGAUUUGGUUCAGAGGGACAAGAAUAGAGCGUCUGUUCUAAUGUGGUCGAUCGGAAAUGAGCCAAAAUCACUGGAAACAUUGGCACCGUCGUAUUUUGAAGAUGUGAUUAAAUCGACUCGAGCUUUCGACCCUGCCAAGCGUCCAAUCACCAUCGUAUUAUCGCAAAAUUUUUCAAAGGGUGACUGCCCCCCUUCCAUGGAUGUUGUGAGCAUCAAUCGUUAUUAUGGCUGGUAUGGCGAUACUGGAAGAACGGAAGUGAUUUCACUCCAAAUUCCAACGGAAGUCAAUCUCUGGGCUAAAACUUGUCACAAUAAACCCGUCCUAAUCACAGAAUAUGGAGCCGGAACGGUUGCUGGGGUGCACCAAAGCCCCUCCUUUGUGUGGACCGAAGAUUUCCAAGUGGACUACCUGCGUGCCCAUUUUGCAGCUUUUGAUCAUCUCCGAUCUUCCAAGGCGCAGUUUGUGGGAGAAAUGAUUUGGAAUUUUGCUGACUUUGCCACACCACAAGAGACUUUCCGACCUUGGGGUUGCAUGAAGGGAGUGUUCACAAGGGAACGUCAGCCGAAGGCAGCGGCUCAUUUCGUGCGAGCCAGGUACUGGGCUUUGGCACGCCAGGAUAACUUGACAAGUUCUGUCCAGCUACCAAAUGAUCUCCAUUGUUUUUACUAGACUUCAAUUUUAUUCGAUUGUCACCUAAUGUUUUUUAUUACUUUUACUUUCAAGAUAAUUUUAAUCCUAAUAUGCUUAAUUAAGCAUAUUGUUUAUUGGUAAAAUGACUGUAUAUAUAAAUACGUUCUUAUCAA